AUGGCAAACACACAGGGUCUGACCACUGCAGCCAAGCAGAGACCCAAGCAAAAUUAUUCCCUGCCCUUAGGGGAUUCCAAUGUCUCCAAGGUGGUAGCUGAUGAAACCACAGUCCUUGAUGUCCCUGCUGAGGUGAGGAGGCUGGUCACCAAGCGUUUCCACAGGCUGCAAGAAGAGGAAAGCACAACUUCCGAACAUGACUCACAGCAAGCCAAGGUGCUGAGGACUGAGAAUCAGCACCCUGAGGCCAUCUCAACCAUUAAGGCCAAUGGCAGGUGCAAGGAAGAAUUGGAUGAGGGUGCGAAUCCCGAAUCUGCAGCAGAAAAAGUCAAGAUGGGGCAUAAAGAGGCAUGUCCAAAAGACCUGGAUCUGUCAUCACCCUCAAACGGGGUUCAACUCAGUGCUCGCUUGGAUGGCAACCCAUGCAAGGUGCAUGCUCUGGCCAGCCAGCUCCACAAGUGCCUGCAGGACUGUGGAGGCCGGACAGUUGGGCAGGAAUCCCAGCAUCCCAGUCCUUCUGAAGGAGGGAGUGUAGAGACUUGUGAGAAAGAGAGCAAAGCUUCCAAAGAUUGCAAACCAGCAUCCCCAGGGCAUGGGGAAAAAGGCACGCUGGAGGGGCCUGAGGAGCAGGAGGAGUAUACGGAGCUGGUGGAGGGUCAUUCUGGCAGCCCAGGCCCCCCACCAAAAGCUCUGUCGCAGAAGGAGAUGAUCAAGCGCAGGUACCGCUGCGGGGAGUGUGGCAAAGCCUUCCUGCAGCUCUGCCACCUCAAGAAGCACCGCUUUGUCCAUGCUGGCCACAAGCCCUUCCUGUGCACAGAGUGUGGCAAGAGCUAUAGUUCAGAGGAGAGCUUCAAGGCCCACGUGUUGGCCCACCGGGGUAUGCGGCCUUUCCAGUGCACCCAGUGUGACAAGGCUUACCGCACCAAGCGAGACUUGCAGGAGCACCAGGUCCUGCACACUGGCCAGCGCCCCUUCUCCUGCGAGCAGUGUGGCAAGGCCUUUGCACGCCGGCCCUCUCUGCGCAUUCACAGGAAGAUCCACCUGGCCACUGGGACUGGCCCAGCUGGUCCCAAGGGAUGCCAGUGUGCCGUAUGUGGACGCCGCCUGGCCAACCCUGGCUCCUUGCGCAACCACAUGCGCCUGCACACGGGGGAGCGCCCUUACGCCUGUCCUUACUGCGGCAAGGACUUCCGACAGCAGAGCAACCUGCGCGAGCACCUCCGGCUGCACACGGGCGAGAAGCCCUACAAGUGCCGCUUCUGCGGCGAUGCCUUCCCCAAGCUGCCGGAGCUGCGGCGACAUCUCAUCUCCCACACGGGUGAGGCCCACCUGUGCACCGUGUGUGGCAAGGCGCUGCGGGACCCCCACACGCUGCGUGCCCACGAGCGCUUGCACACAGGCGAGCGCCCUUUCCGCUGCGAGCAGUGCGGCAGGUCCUACACCCUGGCCACGAAGCUGCGGCGCCACCAGAAAUCCCACCUGGCUGACAAGCCCUACAAAUGCGAGCUCUGUGGCAUGGGCUACACCCUCCCCCAGAGCCUUGCGCGCCAUGUGCUUACCCACAAGGAGGAAAAGGACCCUGAGGAACUCACCAGUGCAGUGGCCUCGUUUGCUGUGGACCUACCCCAGGCAGCAAGGAAAAGGCCUCAGAGGAAGAGCCACCAGGAGGAGCAUUUGCCAUCAGCAAAGGACAUCAUUGAAAUCACCAUCUCCGAGCAUGAGGACAAGUGCAUUAUAAUGCAGGACGAGGGCUCACCAAGUGACGUGGUCAUCAUCCAGGAGGGGGUGGGCCUCGGAGCAGUGGCAGAAGUGGUGGAGGUUGAGACUGGGACGUGA